CUUUCUGCACCUGUUCCUGUCUGUUAUGAAAACUGUGACAUAGAUGCAAUUCCUUUCUCCAAUCAAACAAUGGCUGAUUCUUUGUACCAUGAGGGCAGUAUCAUUAUAGCCUGUAACAUGGGCUACUCUACCGGUAUGGGCAAUCUAACAGAGCUCAUGUGUAAUAGCGGGGCCCUUUCUACACCUCUUCCUGUCUGUUAUGAAAACUGUGAUGUAGAUGCAAUUCCUUUUUCAAAUCAAACAUUGGCUGAUUCGUUGGAUCAUGAUGCAAGUAUCGUUAUAGCCUGUAACAUUGGCUACUCUACCAGUACGGGCAUUCUUUUGGAGCUCGAGUGCAAUAACGGGAUCCUUUCUACACCUCUUCCUCUCUGUAAUGAUACCAACGAAUGUACAUCGGGCAUCGAUGGCUGUGAUGUAAACGCCCGGUGUGUGAACAGCAUAGGAAGUUAUACCUGUGAAUGCCAAGAUGGAUACGAAGGCGAUGGAUUUUCUUGCAAUGAGCGUAUUUACAUCGAUUAUGGCUCCGAGCUUGACCGGUCACUAGGAUAUUUUCGAUACAGCUUUCUAGCGUGGUUUACUGUAAGACUAGAUACAGGGUUUCCUAUCAGCAAUGGCCAACUAUACACCUACAUAACUUGUACAUCAACGGGCAUGAUACAUUUUUCGAACUACUAUCCACGAAGCUAUCACCUGUUCAAGUACAUCAACCCGUCGUUAUAUAAUCUUUUUGAUAUCUACCGCGAUCCAUCUAUUGCGGCAUUCGGUGCACCGGUCGACCUUAACCGCGGCAAUCCAAAGAUCUAUUAUCAGGUAUACGACAUUAACAGGGGGUACGGAAACUCAGCUGCUCUUCUCGCAGCGGUACAAGAAAGACUUGACGCAUCUCCGUCCCUUCCAGCAGGGUUAGAGUCCUUCCGGUUCAUCAAUGGAAUCAACUUCAUCUGCAAGAUUACGUGGGAAAAUGUGCAACCUCGGGGAUCAGUGGCAGGACAGGAGACUGUUACCUACCAAGCUAUUCUCUUCACUGACGGAAGAAGAAGUGGUGUUCUGACGAUGUACCAGCGAGGCAGUUUCAACUGGAAUCCACUCUCUAAGUCAGUACCGGCUAGAAUCGGUGUCAGCACCAGGCAUGAUUGGUAUAACGUCUACGAAGGAAACUCUCUAGCUGUACUGCAUGAAAGCUAUCGUCCUGAUCUUAGAGUUGGCAACACUGGUCUUCUGGGCCGAGACAUCUACCGUCUUGAUUCGAACCCUGACUGGUACAUCAACCCACGCCGAUACUGUCAAGAUUGGUACAGCGAUGAUCUGAGCGAGCCAUCCUGGGCAUUGUGGGCAGAGCCAUGCCCCUGUACUCGCUGGCAGGCCCAGAUUGAUGGAAGGUUUACUCGCUGCAACAUACCCAUCUAUGGCUACGGUUAUGGCUACGCCUAUGGCUACGGAUACAGUUACGGCUAUGCGGGACUUCCUAGUUAUUAUUUCGACAGUAGAGGGACUACCUGUUACCAGCCUCGAUGGCCCAGAUUUGGAGGUGGAUACAGAUGUACCUAUGAGUUCUCUGCUUUGAUCAGGGGCUAUAGAAGUCUUUGGCGGUCCAGCCAUUACCAAGCAGUCAUGCCAUCGAACGCUAGAUUCUUUUCAUUCUUCUAUUUCUCCCUUAGUUACUAUUAUGAAUGGAUUGAGAGAGAUGUCCUACCACGCUUCUACUGUUGCGGACUUGCUGGUGGAAAUUUCUGUAGGCUUUAUGAGCAGCGUCGUCCACGGGCUCACUGCUUCGGUUACAGACGACCAUGGUGGGGAUGGUUUUGGGGUGAUCCGCAUAUCAAUACUCUGGAUGGGAGGAAAUACACCUUCAAUGGCCUUGGUGAAUACAUUACAAUGUCUUACAGUCACGGUGAUCCAUUCGUUUUACAAUCAAGAACUGGCAAGGCUUUUAACAACAGUGAACCCGUUGAACACGGAACAGUCUUCAUAGGGUUCGCUGCUACACAAGAUAUCACAAAGGUUGAGUUCCAGCUGAACGACAACAGGACAGAAAUGAGUAUUCUUGUUAAUGGUUCCUCCAUUAAUAUGACGGAUUUCCUAAAUGAUGGAUAUGACUCACAGGAUCCGACUUUCAUCUUAUCCUCGGAUAAUGAGACCGAAUCCGAGGAUGAGAUCAAGGUCACAGCUCUCUUUCAACCAGAAGGCUAUUCAAGUACGUCCUUCACAGUGACCUUUAAGAAUGGGAUCUUGGAUAUAGGUGUCAUGGUCCCGCCUGAGUAUUCUGAGAACGCAACAGGGAGGGGUCUGCUUGGUAAUGUCAAUGGAAAUAAAUCGGAUGAUUUUCUUUUACGGAAUGGAACGUUACUUACCGAUCAACCCGGGAGAAAUUUAACAGAAGAAGAAAUAUUCCAAUUUGGACAAUCAUGGAUGAUUACGGAGAACGAGUCGCUGUUUGAAUACGGUGAUAGGGACUGGAGUUACUAUAACCCAAGUAACUACACACCAAUGUUCUUAGACGCCCUGCUCGCUCUCGACCCAGACAGGACCAGAGAGGCCCGGGAGACUUGCGGGGAUGACGAAGCAUGCCUCUUCGACUUCCUCGCCGUCAACCCCGAAUUGGGAAUGCAGACGAUGGACACCGGGAACCAACUUGACAAUGAUCUUCUAAACCUUGAUAACUUCCCUCCGAAUAUAACAAGUGUGACAGAGCUGACAGAAACAGAUGGACUUCAAGAGGAUGAUGUUCUCUUUGUGCAAGUGGGCGUGAAUCUCACCUUAGAGAUUACUGCACAGGACCCUAACGAUGAUGAUGACGUAUAUUUCACUUUCAACGAUACAACUCCUGAUGGCGCAAAUAUCAGUUCAGAUGGCAUAUUCACCUGGACACCCACUGACCUGAACGUCUCCUCCAUUGAGAUCAUCGCCAUGGACAACCGAGGCGCGGAGACCUCUUUGUCGUACAAGGUCCUCAUCUGCCAAUGCGAGAACAAUGGUGUGUGCGACUUCGAGAGCCAAGCUGAGGGACAGGACCUCAAUGCUAAUGGCUUUGCUGUGGUCACGUGCAACUGCACUGAUGGGUGGUCAGGUGACCACUGUGACGUAGACUAUGAUGCAUGUGAGGGUAGCGGGCCUUGUUAUGAGGGGGUUAUCUGCUACGAUGAGCCCCCGUCCUCGGAGGAAGAAUACAGAUGCGGGCCCUGCCCCCCUCAAUUGACAGGCAACGGGAGUAAUUGCUUCGACUUCAACGAAUGUGCUGAAAAUGACACCAACGAAUGUGACCAGAUUUGUGAAAAUGAAUUAGGUUCCUACACGUGUUCUUGUGAACCAGGCUAUAGACUUGGCCUUGAUCAACGUUCGUGUAAUGAGAUAUUCUGUACUGAAGAAUUGAUGAAUUCCACGGGAUCUGAAAACUGUACUUGCGAUCCAGGCUUUGAACUCAUGAAUGGAUCCUGUAUAGAUUUUAAUGAAUGUCUAGCUGGUGUCGACCAGUGCCCGCCUGAUAUAUCUACUUGCAACAACAUACCAGGAGAUUAUAAUUGUACUUGCCAUUCAGGAUACGAAAACAUGUCCCCGAAAGAGUGUCAAGAUAUUGAUGAAUGCGAACGUGACUUGGAUAAUUGCAACAAGACUGAAUUCAACUGUGUGAACACACUGGGUAACUUCUCAUGUGUAUGCAAGGAAGAUACAACAGAAAUCAAUGGAGUUUGUCUAGGUGCAUUGACGCUGUCACUCAACGUUCGUUUUUCAUUUAUCAAUGGGCUUAGCAUUGUUUUCUACCCGGAGACAAUUGACUCCCAAGAAAAUCAGCAAAAAUUGGCACAAGAUGUCCUGCGUUACCUCAACACGUCAUCAGAACUAAGUGAAGACGAGUUGCAGGCUGUAUCUGUGCAGAACUACAGCUUGGCAGGAAGUUCUCUUCAGAUUUCCUUCCGGGUUGACCUAAAACCCGGCUCAUCACUGACCGAAUCUCAUCUGGAGAAUAUUUUCAUGGAACUUCUUCCAAGCUCACGGCUUAUUGAACCAAACCAUGUAGUUAUGCCCGAGGAUAUCAAUGAAUGUGAGCUAUCUACAGAUGUGUGUAGUAACGGUAACUGUACAAAUACAGACGGUAGCUAUUUUUGUACCUGUUCUGAAGGUUUCCAACUCGGAAAUGGGAAUGCUUCUUGCAGAGAUAUCAAUGAGUGUCUCGGGAAUCAUGGAUGCAACCAAACUUGUAUCAACUCUCGGGGGAGUUACUCGUGUUUGUGCAAUCCUGGAUUUGAGCUUGAUGAUGAUGGUUUUACAUGCAGUGAUACUAAUGAAUGUAAUGCAACAGACAUGUGUAGUAAUGGGAACUGUACAAAUACAUAUGGUAGCUACUAUUGCACUUGUGAUGACGGUUUCACUGGAACUGGAAAUGACUCUUGUAUAGAAAUCGAUGAGUGUGAAUCGAAUCCUUGCCAAAAUGGAGCGACUUGCAUAGACGGGAUCAACAUGUAUAGCUGUACCUGCGCACCUGGUUAUACUGGAACUAAUUGCUCAAUGGAAAUAACCACGUCCACAACCACCACCGUCCCCACCACAGAGGGCCAACCACCUACAAGUGCCAUACAACCAAGCACAACGAUUACGGAAGAUACUCUGCCUACUGAUUUGACUAGUUCUGGUUCUACCCCUCAUCCAACAACGAUCACUUCAACUGAAAUAACUACGCCCACUGCUGCCACCAACACAGAGGGCUCACCACCUACAACUACCACACAAUCCAGUACAAUUAUUACAGAAGAUACUAGUCCUACUGAUUUAACUUCUUCUGAUUCAACCACUUUUCCAACAAUGAUCACUUCAACUGCCACCACCACGCCCACAGAGGGCCCAACACCUACCACUGCCAUGCAACCAAGCACAAUUAAUACAGAGGAUACUAGUCCUACUGAUUUGACUACUUCUGAUUCUACCCCUCCUCCAACAACGAUCACUUCAACUGAAAUAACUACGCCCACUGCUGCCACCAACACAGAGGGCACACCACCUACAGCGACCACUCAACCCAGUACAAUUAUUACAGAAGAUACUAGUCCUACUGAUUUAACUACUGAUUCUACCCCUCCUCCAACAACGAUCCCUUCAACUGAAACGUUCGUAAGCAUCAUAAGGAUUGAAAUCACAGCCAACAGACGAAAUGGUGAAGUACUUGUAUUCACAGAGGAACUCAAUGAUCAGUCUACGAAUGCUUUUAUGGAUUUGGAAGAUGUCUUUUGCGGUGCGGUUUCAACGUAUUUGAAUGUAAGCUUGAAUUCAGCUCAGCUCAUCAGUAUCACAUGUGAGGUAGUCUCUUUCCGAAAUGGUAGUGUAAUCGGUGAUCUUCGAAUCGGUCUCGCAGCACCAUCUCAGGAUUCCGCUGACAGUCUUGCUCAAUCAGCCACUGACCUAUCACCUGCAAAUGAGACAUUACCCUAUCUAGGCGAUUCUCUUUACGUCGAAGAGUUAGCCGUAGACAAUACCGAUAGUUGUGGGGACAGCAACCCCUGUAAAAAUGGAGGGAACUGCACGGAUGAAUUCAGCACGUAUAGUUGCACAUGCCCAGAGGAUUACACAGGGAAAGACUGCUCAUCAUUCUCUGGUAGGACUGGUCUUUCACCUGGUGCUCUUGUUGGAAUCAUACUUGGUGCUAUGUCGGGAGCUCUGAUCUUCGUUAUCUGCGCGUGUUCAAUAAUAACCCAAACAGUGCGUCGUAAUCAGGCAAAUAGGAUGAUGAUGGGGAUGCAGAAGCCUAGCAACUAUCACAUCUCAGAGCACCGGCGUAUGUUCGGUGACCGACAGUCGGAUCGUUCAUCAGACGAUUACUCAAUUGAAACUUCUCUCGAUCGUCGACAGCAUGAUAUCGGUAGGGCUGUUGAUCGGAUAAGACAAUACCAAGGCAUGGAUAACCCCGGAAGUGAAAUAGGCUAUAAUCGGAGACCAGGAGGUUUGGAUAACUUUGCUCUACCAUAUGUAGCUGAUGGGGAUAGAAGGAAUGGCAGCGAUGAGAGCCCCGUUGAACGAAACCCAUUACACUACAACUACUUCUAAAGCUCAGCUGUAUGUGAAUUGUGAAAACAGUCCCAGCACUAUAUAUCAUUUUGAUUUGCACCCAACCUAGAAUGUGAUGUGUACAGGAUUGAUUCAUUGAAUACACUAAUCACUGGAAAAUGGCAACCAGACCUUAAGCCGGGGUAGAAAAUAAUGCGCCUCGGAAAAGAUUAUUAUCCUAUGAUCUAGAAUUGAACAAUGCAAAUGUCCAUUUAUCUUCAUUCUGAUCGAUUUUGUUAGAAAUGUUCAAUAAAUACAUGUAUGUUAUGUUACCUGAAUAUAUCUAAGUAAAUUCAAUCAAACUUGAUAUUAUUGAAUUGUGAUUAUCAUGAAAUAUUCACAUUUUUUUAUUUCAAAAUAUUUUAAAGUAUGUUAUACAAGAAAGGAAACAAUAUUAUACACAGAUGGAGUUUGAAAUAUUUGUAGUUUCAUUAUUAUCAAUUAUUUACAUGACAAAUUUACCAUUUUCAUUUCUAGGGGUUUGUUUAUUUGGAACCUUAAUAGUGCAUGCAUGUGUUAUCCAAAAAAGGGAGUAAACAUUAGGAUGUAUAUAUUUUUUGUUACCUUUUUACUUCAAAAUAUAUUUGCAUUUUAUAAAGAGAAUGAUAAAGAAAUGUCCUUAGAACAACAUAUGAAAAUGUAUAUUUUUUAUUAAUGGUUUGUAAAUCAAUAUCAUUCAAAACAAGUAGACAUAAAUGACUUAACCCAGGAAGCGUUUCAUCUAAAUCUGUCGUCCAAUGAGUUAUCAGAUCUGAUAAUAUUCCUUGAUUUUGAUUGGCUGAGGAGAACAGCUCCUGUUAAAACUGUCGGAUAAAGACGACAAGUCCUUUCAUGAAACGCCUCCCCCGAGUUAAUCAAUUCCACGAUAAACUAUUCAUUUUUCUAUCAAUUAAGAAGUCCAUGCAAAGGGUUCACAGAUAUGUGAUAAUAUAUCAUAGUCAUUGUAAAUAUUCUUGUUUUAGUUCCUUAUGACAGAGCAAUUUAUCAUGGCUCUGAAAUCGAAUCUAAAAUGAAUAGUGACAGAUAAGCAUAUCUAUAUAUUAUAAACAGACCAUAUACAUGUAGUACUGGAGAACUGAAUGUUAUCUUGGCUGGGUGUGUACUUGGUAGGUAAUUCUUUUCUAAAUAUGAAUUUAUUUUGUAUAUAUGUGGGUGAGGGUUGUCAAUGUGUGUGUGUGUAUGUGUGU